GAGGAGACGAGCUGGAUUGAGGAUAAACGGUGAGGAGAAACAAACGGGACACAACGACGUACGGGAAACGGAAACAACUUCGGAAUUUAACAGCACUCGAAUGCUGCAUUGGUGAACAACUUCUUUCAUAAGCCAACGAGGCGUUAAAAAUAUUAGGUUGGAAAGACCUACAUGAACAGAUAGAGAUAUUUUUUUGUGUAAAGAUGAUUUCGCCGUGGGACAGAUGGUACACGACCAGCUGCUGUCUGUGUUGUCAUGUACGGACGGGCACCAUUAUUCUGGGCAUCUGGUAUAUGCUCAUCAAUGCCGUAGUUUUGUUAAUCCUAUUGUCGGCCCUCAAUGACCCGGUCCAGUAUCACUACCACCUCACCAGUUCUGAACUUGGCACGGAUUUGGACGUCAUGGACGAUGCAAACAUGUGUAUUGCAGCGGCGAUCUCUUUGCUGAUGAUUCUGAUUUGUGGAAUGGCAACCUAUGGCGCAUACAAGCAACACGGAGCGUGGAUCAUUCCCUUCUUUUGCUAUCAGAUCUUUGACUUCGCCCUUAACACACUCGUAGCAAUAAGCGUUGUGGUUUAUCCCAACACCGUACAGGACUACCUUCAGCAGUUGCCUGGCACCUUUCCAUACAAAGAAGACUUGAUGUCCACAAACAACAUAUGCCUAGUAUUAGCAGUGCUUCUCUUUAUUGGAUGCAUCUUGGCCUUUAAGGCGUAUCUUAUUGCCUGUGUGUGGAACUGCUACAGAUAUGUGAGUGGAAGAAGCAGUACGGAGGUCUUGGUUUAUGUCACGACAAAUGAUACUACAGUACUACUUCCACCCUACGAAGAGGCAAUCACCAUCCCACCAAAGGAUUCGCCACCCCAAUAUACUUUAGCUUGAGAUAGACAUACCUCUAUCUUUCUCCACACUCUUCUUGAUCCUUCUCCAAAGAAACAAUUUUUCGUCACAAUAGCCCUUUACACCCCCCUCCUCUCUGUGUGACGUAAGUCUCCUAUCCUCUCUGAUGGUGGUAGUAUGACUUUGAAAUGUUCUUCCCGCUACGAGGCUGCCCAGCUGUCCUGGCAACCCAAAGCUCAGUGUCAGCUCCAAUCUGAUUUGCACUUUCAGUAAUGAUCUGUGGCGUCGGCCUUUUUCAUACUGUGAACCCAGUAGUGUUGUCAUCUACUGAUAUACCUGAGAUUUGAAUGCAGCGUGCACGAUAAACAUGCAAGUUAUGUAAGAGCACUUUUUCUAAUUGGAAUUAAUGUACUGAAUGUAAGAGAACUGUAAAAGUACUGUAUGAAAGAAAUAUCUAGAAAUGGUUCAGACUAUAAACUAAAUUUGUUAUACUAACAAAGUCUUUCUUAUAUACAAAUCAUUUUUCAAAUACAUGCAAUCAUAGUUCUUCACUUUCAAUGAUUUGCUUAUCAAUAGUUUUAGAGGAUGUAGUGUGAAUGAUUUAAAGUCGAAUAUUUCAUGAACACACUCAAAAAAAUGCUCACUUUCAAACCAGCAUUGGGACAAAACCAUACCUGUUGGGUUGUAAUUUAUCCUAUGCUGGAUUUUUUUACCCGUUGUUGAUGCUGUGUCAUCAUUAAAUGAACAGUUACACAUAUGGGUAACACUUUACAAUAAGGUUUUAUUAGUAAACAUUAGUAAAUGCAUUAACUAGUACAAACAACGAACAAGUUUUCCAGCAUGUAUUAAUUCUUGUUAAUGUCAAUACAGUUAUUCAUGUUCAUGGUGCAUUAAAGGUGCAGUGUGUAAUUUUUAGAAGGAUCUCUUGACACAAAUGCAAAAUAAUAUACAAAACUAUAUUAUCAGGGGUGUGUAAAGACCUUUCAUAAUGAACCGUUAUGUUUUUAUUACCUAACAACGAGACGUUUUUAUCUACAUGCACAGAGGGUCCUCUUAUGUGGAAGUCGCCAUUUUGUGCCGCCAUGUUUCUACAAAAGCCCUUAAAGGAAUAGUCUACUCAUUUUUAAUAUUAAACUAUGUUAUUACCUUAACUAAAAAGAGUUGAUAC